AUGUCGGGGCUGAGUCUCGCUCAUGUCGCUGAUGUGAUGCCCGCAGAGUUUCUGGAUUUCCAUCACUUUCCCCAUAUACGGUGUGUAGCUCCCCAAGAGCACCUGGUUUCAAUACACGGUUCAGGUUAUUCGCAAGGGACAAUUUCAAUGGAAGAGGCAUGGGAUGUCCAGGAGCAGCUGAGUGUACUACAUUCAGAGGUGUCUCAGGAAGACACAUGUUCGGUGCAUGAGAAAGAAGAUUCCUGCGAGGAGCAGUGUAAUGGGGCAGAGGAACCUUUAAGAACUGACUUGUCUGUUGAGCCAGUUCUCAUCAUCCGUUCUCCUCCUCCAAACUUCCUUCCUGCUCCAGGGCCGCCAUGCAUGCCCUGGGACAAGUGGCUCAGGUUGUUCGAGAACCAUGUGCACCAGAUGGAAGAGGGAAAACUAACGGACUCCACCAAGUAUGUGCUCCUGCAGAACUGCCUGGGUCAAGAGGGCCAGCGCAUCCUUGCCACUCUACUGCCAGGCGAGACAACAUAUAUGGACGCGAUUUCCACUCUUGGGGUCUAUUUUUCCUCUAGCCAGCCAUUGCAGGUCCACAUGCUCGGCUUCAACCAGAGGGCCCAGAUGAACGGGGAGAGCGCUGGACAGUUCAUAAGUGCUCUGGACCAACUGCUCAAACCAUUAAACUACCAAGAACUAUAUGAACAACUCCUCAUCAAACAAUUAAUAGAGAAAACAAACAACCCCAGGCUCAAGCAGAGGCUGCUCUCUGAACCUGGCCCAUACUCAUUAGCUCGGGCUCUGCAAAUCAGCGCUGAGGUAGAGUCCACAGCUGAAGUGAGUGUGUACUUGGAUGAAGCAGAACCACCUGUUAAACGAAAGCGUGGCCGCCCAAGAAAGAGUGAGGUCAGAGCAGAAGUGAAAGCGGCAGCUAAAGCCAAACCAGCUGCCAAAAUAUCAUCUGCUGUAAAUGCAAAAUUCCAACGCACAGCUGUCUCAAGAGGCAUGGAUGACUAUUACUAUAGUGGUGAUGAGCAGUAUUAUGCUGACAGCAUUGCCGAUGUUUCAGAGAGUAGUUUUAAUGUUGGCCUUCCAUCUACUGUGGCCAAAUUAAAAGAAAUCAAAACCGAACCAAGUGACAACAACGAAGUCAGAAACUUGGCGAAACGCAACGGCCUCUCCUGUCCGAUUUGCCCAGGCAGGCACUUUCGGGGUAUCAACAAGCUGAUGCGGCACAUGCGCAGCCACUCACAGGACAAGCCUUACACAUGUCCCGUGUGCUCAGUCACCUUUAGCCAGACCUACCACCUGCUUCGGCAUAUGAGACGGCAACAUGACGCGGGGGAGCAUAUAUGUUCUCUCUGCGGGGUCACCCUUGCCAGUGUAGAGGAGCUGCAGCAACACAAAAAGAGCCACCCAGCUGAACCUGUGACGUGCCCCCUAUGCCAGGAGGUUUGCUCGAGCCCGAGGGUGUUUGCCGCUCAUGUCAAAAACCACUGCAACACGCCACUGAGUUCCGAAGAGCUGGAGCAUUUACCUAAAAUGAAAAGGCGCUACAAAAAGAAGCAGGAUGGCAAAAAAUCUGAAUCAAUUGCCGUUACAAAUUUUUUACACAAGCUGCUCCGACACAUGCAGACACACACCAAGCAGAAGCCCUUCCUAUGCCCUCUGUGCAGUCUGAGCUUCAGCCAAGGCUACCAUUUGACCAGGCACAUGAAGGUGCAGCACGGCGCCGGCCUGUACGUCUGCCCCAAAUGCGGUGUUGAUCUGGCCAGUGCGGCAGAGCUACAAACACACAGACGCGACAGGUGGUUCAGGGGUGCUAAUAAACUAUCCCGACACAUGACUGUGCACACCAAAGAGAAGGCUUUCAAGUGCCCUAUUUGUGACAAGGCCUUCAGCCAGUCCUACCACAUGAAGCGCCAUCAUCGGGUCCAGCACAGCCAGGGCAGCUUUCUGAACAAGAACAAACUGGAGAAACACAUGAGUAUCCACACCGGCGUUAGACCUCACUUGUGCUCCAUUUGUGGCAAUGGGUUCCCCUCCGCAGCCAGCCUGAAGCUCCACGUUAAUGUCCAUACAGGCUACAAGCCCUUCCAGUGUGACCAGUGCCCCAAGAGCUUCAGCACAAACAGCAGUCUGAAGCUGCACAGCCGGCAGCACAUGGCAGGUGAGGAAAAGGACGCAGCAAAGACUUGCAUCCGAAAGAAAAGGGAGAAAAGACUGGAAUCAAGAGGAGUUAGGGAAGGCCAAAGAGGAGAUGAAGAGAGAAGAAGAGAGCUGCAAGGGCUGCGGCUGUUGCGCUGUGCCCACCAAGGUGACACGGCCACCCUCAGAGACCUGCUGGACAAGGGAGCCAAUAUCAACUUCCAGGACUCUUACUUCUGGACUGGCCUGAUGUGUGCGAGCUGGGCUGGACACAGGGCAGUGGUCAGGCUGCUGCUGCAGAGGGGCGCGGCCUGGGUGGGAGUGGUGGACCUGCAAGGCUAUGACGCCAGGGACCUCGCCACACAGGCGGGACAUGGAGAAGUCGUUGAGGAAUUUGACUCGUUUGGCAAGAGAGAGAGGAAAGACUCCAAUGCUACUGAAAGCACCUCCUGUCUGCGUCAGUGUGAGGUUUGCGGCACGUCUUACAGCGAGCGCCCCUCGGCCCACCUUUCCUCCACCCUGCACCAGUUCAACCUGGGCCGCACCCCUCCCGCUCCACACUACUGCCUGCCCCCCUCCAGCGCUGGAUUCCGAAUGAUGCUGCGUAGCGGCUGGGCUCCUGGGAGAGGCCUGGGUCCCGGGGGCACGGGGACCAGUCAGCCAGUGCCCACGCGCCUCAAGCGGGAUACUCUGGGCCUGGGCUACGGGCGCACGCACAAGGCCAAGGUCACGCACUUCAAGGCCAUGGAUGCUCGAGCUGUGAGCGACGAGCAGAGACAGGGGCAGCGGGACAAUAGGGUGGGCAGGGGGGAAAGAAGGAGUGAAGAGGAGCGGAAGGAGCAGAGCCACAAAAGUUGGGAGAGAGACUUCAGGAGUUCUUUCUACUUGUAG